AUGGACUCUAGCGUUCUCCACCUGGACCAAAUCUCACAUGGCAGUGGUCAGAACAACUACAUCCAGGAGAGAGGCACGCUCGCCAUCAACUCGAGGAGAAGCGCAUGCGACCGCUGCAGGGCACGGAAGCUGAGAUGCGCAAGAUUGCCUAGUAUCGAAUUUUUCACCAGCUGUGGCGGUUCCGGGGGUCUACCUGCGUGCGAGCGAUGUGUCAAGGCCGGGGCCGAGUGUCUCUAUACGGUCCGCAGGCGGCGGGCUCCUCCGUGGUGGUGCGGCUACGAGCGACAGGUCUUCAAGGCCUCGGCAACGUUUCCAUAUGGCUGCAAUCUGCCCCUCGACGCCACCUUUGGGCCUGAAGCCGCAGGGAAGCUGUAUAAUGAAAGCAGGAUGAGAUGGCAAUUUGGCGCCCCCAUGCCACCACCACCAGGAGAAGGUUACGCGAGCGUGCCAGCAGUCCCCAAACCACAUGCGGGGCUGGAUCACGGGUCGAUAGAGCACAGCAAUAGCUUUCAAUGGCCGGCAAUGACGGGCCUUUCUACUCCGGAUCUUUCUGCAGUCCAUGGAAACUUUCAAUCUAUAGCAUCCGCCAAUGUCGCUGCAAGUGAACAGUCAAACUCGGGGCACAGCAUGCCCGGCGCCAUCAACGAUCACGCUUUUGGCAUCUCACCCUUGUUUUCCUCCAGGCAAUGGCAGGAGUACCCCCCGACCAAUUCGGAGGCUUUUGCUGUAAAUUCGAGCAACCACGGGUCAGACUGCGGCGGGCCGGUGGUCGGACCAAACAUGCCGAACCCAAACAUUGCCAACGUAACGCAAGCCCCAGCCGCAGCUCGGCGACCCAGAACCAGGCAAGAAUGCCUGCUGCAGCUUGCCAAGCUCACUUCACAGCUUAUUGUGUGCUUUAGCUUUACUGAAGACGGGUCCUCGGUCGAGCUCGCAGAUCUGCUGGGCUGCUUGCCAAGGAGUGAAACCGGCUCCGCUGAGGUCAACAGCGUAUCCGAAGCCGGCAGAAACACGGUUGGGAUAUUGUUAGAAAGCUCUCAGUCAUUCUUGGACACUCUGGACCGCUUGAAAAGCUUAGAAGCGCAAGUAAAAGACGAUCAAACUUCUCGCUCGUCAAGUGCAAGCCCGGACUCGGAUUACUCAUUCAUAAACUCGCCAGCGUUGACGAUGUCAAGCUCAUGCGAGGGUCUGCCAAUGCCAUACAUACAAAAUGGUGAAAGAGACGACCAAAGAGACAUGGAGGAUCUAUCAAAACGACAAGAGCCACAUCAACCCAACAGGAAGAGGGUUUCGACACCGUUGAUGCUCUCACCGCACCUCAACAAGUAUUUCAGCCUGCCUACCACCUUUACCAUCAUAAGCUGCUACAUGUGGCUCUUUCGCGGUUACGAGGCCGUCUUUGCGGCCAUUUAUAACGCACUCCUUGUGCAAAACAAUCAACCUGACCGAGGCAUGCAGGAAAGCCCAAACCAGCUAAGCUCAAAAGGGAACAAGACGGACAUUCCAGAUAUCAAUAUUGCUGGAGUCGACCCGAGCUGCCACCCGCACCUCCAGAUCGAGAUGCUCAUCACCCUCAGCUGCCAGAUGCUGCAGAGGAUCGAGGCGGCCCUGGGCAUCCACCCCACCACAUCUUGGGACGGUGGCGCUGCGCUGCAGAACCCCGGGUUGGGGACCCAUGAUGGUGGCGUGCUCAACGCCCCGGCCGCCCCCGCACUGCUUCGGACUUUUCUCUACGGGGACGUCCAGAGUCGCAUCGUCGGGGACGAGGGGGGCCCCCAGUCAGCCCGGCUGUCGCUGGACAGUGGGAUAUUGCAGAGCAUCCUGGACAAUCUCCGCUGUCGUCACGAGAUAACAGCGAAUCGGAGCUAG